UCCUCUGCGCCUUUUGGUUGGGAAACCAAAAUGGAUUAUUAUGCUAACAGUGCGGCUACACAGCCGGCCACCGAGCUGCAGUCCCCGUGAUGCUGACGCUGUGGUUGUUGUUGUUCCCCCUUCCAGAGAUGGGCAGUGAGUUGCCAGGGUCCGUUGCGAUGCCCGGGGCGGUGGGCGCGGGCCAGGUGAGGAUGAGCGGGGCCGUGCCAGGCCGCGGCGGCAAGCGGAGAUCCGGAGGAAUGGACUUUGAUGAAGAGGAUGGAGAGGGCCCUAGCAAAUUUUCAAGGUAUGAUGAUGAGCAGGUUCCUGGUGGUGGUGAUAAGGAGAGAUAUGCCAGAGAGAACCACAGUGAGAUCGAACGGCGCCGGCGCAACAAGAUGACCCAGUACAUCACGGAGCUGUCGGACAUGGUGCCCACCUGCAGCGCCCUGGCCCGCAAGCCCGACAAGCUCACCAUCCUGCGCAUGGCCGUGUCCCACAUGAAGUCCAUGAGGGGCACGGGCAACACCUCCACUGACGGCGCCUACAAGCCCUCCUUCCUCACCGAGCAGGAGCUGAAGCACCUGAUCUUGGAGGCGGCGGAUGGCUUCCUGUUCGUGGUCGCCGCGGAGACGGGCCGCGUGAUCUACGUGUCGGACUCUGUGACGCCGGUGCUGAACCACCCGCAGGCGGAGUGGUUCGGCAGCACCCUGUACGAGCAGGUGCACCCCGACGACGUGGACAAGCUCCGGGAGCAGCUCAGCACCUCCGAGAACUCCAUGACAGGUAGGAUCCUGGACCUGAAGACAGGCACGGUGAAGAAGGAGGGGCAGCAGUCGUCCAUGAGGAUGUGCAUGGGUUCCCGGCGCUCCUUCAUCUGCCGCAUGAGGUGCGGCAGCGCUCCCCUGGAUCACAUCUCCCUGAACCGGCUGUCCAACAUGAGGAAGAGAUACAGAAACGGCCUCGGACCCUCAAAGGAAGGAGAGGCUCAGUACUCGGUGGUGCAUUGCACAGGCUACAUCAAAGCAUGGCCCCCUGCAGGGAUGACCAUACCAGACGAGGACACUGAAGCGGGACAGACUGGUAAAUACUGUCUGGUGGCCAUCGGCAGACUGCAGGUGACCAGCUCUCCUGUUUCCAUGGAUAUGAACGGCCUAUCGGUGCCCACCGAGUUCCUGUCCCGUCACAACUCUGACGGCGUCAUCACCUUCGUCGACCCGCGCUGCAUCAACGUCAUCGGUUACCAGCCGCAGGACCUGCUGGGCAAAGACAUCCUGGAGUUCUGUCAUCCAGAAGACCAGAGUCACCUGAGGGAAAGCUUCCAGCAGGUGGUGAAGUUGAAGGGCCAGGUUCUGUCGGUGAUGUACCGGUUCCGCAUGAAGAACCGGGAGUGGAUGUUGAUCCGGACCAGCAGCUUCACCUUCCAGAACCCGUACUCGGACGAGAUCGAGUACAUCAUCUGCACCAACACCAACGUCAAGCAGCUCCAGCAGCAGCAGCAGGCAGAGCUGGAGGUCCACCAGCGAGAUGGACUGACUGCUUACGAUCUCUCUCAGGUGCCCGUCACCAGCGUCGGAGGUGGAGUCCACGAGGCGGGGAAGAGCAUCGAGAAGACGGAGGCGCUGUUCUCCCAGGAGAGAGACCCGCGCUUCUCCGAGAUGUACACCGGCAUCUCUGGCGCUGGAGAUAAGAAGAUGAUGGCUCCAGCCUCCACAGCUGGAGGACAGCAGCUGUACUCUCAGACCUCCCCCUUCCAGCAGGGACACUCUGGGAAGAGCUUCAGUUCCUCUGUGAUCCACGUGCCAGGCGUGAAUGACAUCCAGCCAUCAGGCUCGUCCAAUCAGAACCUAGCGCAGAUCUCCAGACAACUCAACCCCGGACAGGGGGCCUGGUCAGGGAACAGACCCCCCUUCUCCGGACAGACCAACAAGGCCCAGUCCAGCCCGUUUGGCAUCGGCUCCGGACACAGCUACCAGGCGGACCCGGCGUCCUACAGCCCCCUGUCUUCCCCGGCCACCUCCUCUCCCAGUGGCAACGCCUACUCAGGACUGACCAACCGCAGCACAGCUUUUGAUGUGUCGGGGGAGAGCAGCCAGAGCGGGGCUCAGUUCCAGGGCCGUCCCAGCGAGGUGUGGUCCCAGUGGCAGAACCAGCACCACUCCCAGCAGCCCGGCGAGCAGCACACACACCCCAACCCCGGACAGACCGAGGUCUUCCAGGACAUGUUGCCCAUGGCCGGGGACCCCACCCAGGGAACGGCCAACUACAACAUUGAGGACUUUGCUGACCUUGGCAUGUUCCCGCCAUUCUCCGAGUAGCCGCACCCUCCCCCCUCUUCCCUCCCCCCGCCUCCCCUGUUACGGCCUCACCCUCCUUCCUCCGAAUCUCAAAAGUCUGUUUUUUGUUUUCCCCCCCGUCUCUCUUUCGCUCUCGCUCGGCCGAACCCUCGACAUGCGGCCGAAGAGCGUUGCGGGAGCGGGUUGCGUCUCUUCGAUGGCCUUUUGCGCCGCAAAACCUUCCUUUUUUAACGGCUUUUCCGCAGAAAAACACACACGUGCAACGCAGGGCGAGCACGCACCCACCUCACACACGCGGCGUCAAUGUAUUACCACGCGUGCCGCCCGUACGGGGUGUGCGUGUCGCCCCCGGAUGGUCCGUUUCGGUGUGUGUGUGUGUGUGUACAUCCCUCACACACUCUGCGCUCCUUCCCCCCCCCUUGUCUCCAUGCCCCCUCUGCAGUAUGUAUAGCUCAUUGUAACGCGCGUACCUCAUUCCGGUAGUAGAAGAAGAAGAUAAUGAUGAUGAAGAAGAAAGCUUCAGUUCAAAAGUGUUGUCCAUGUUCCAGAAACACGUUGAUAUACAAAGUGUACCAAUGGGUUUAUUUCACACUCCUACUCCUGACCACCUGGUCCAUUGUUCUGUGUGUGUGUGUGUGUGUGUGUGUGUGUGUGUGUGUGUGUGUGUGUGUGUGUGUGUGUGUGUGUGUGUGUGUGUGUGUGUGUGUGUGUGUGUGUGUGUGUGUGUGUGUGUGUGUGUGGGAGGGGGGGAGCCGCAACUUGCGCACAACUUAUUUCUUGACAAACAGCUAACGCCGCACCAGGGGACAGAGACGGUGCGGUGACACGCCCGCCGCCCAGGGGCCCGCCCCCCUGGGGCCCGCCGCCCAGGGGUCCAGCCAUCGGUUGUAAAUUCAAUAAACACCUAUCAAUAAAGACUCAAACUAUCGUUUCGAUGUCUAUCACCCUCGUCCUCGUCCUCGUCCUCCUCCUCGGACAUCACCCCACGGUUCCCAGGGUAUAGAAGACACCCACGAAGUAAGCAAACACACACACGCGAACAACAAGCUGACCGCUUACAGUGGCGGAGCUAAGGCUUAACGUGCACUUCAUAAGCUACCGUUCGCCACUCACCAGCCUGA